CAGGUGUGUCACAUGUGUCAGAAUCUGGAUGCCUGCCUUUCUUAGCUGUGACACUAAAACCUCAGCACCAGGGCGCCUGCUUGUCACUUUACACUCUGCUUCCAACUAGUCAACAGCCAUGAAGGGGAUUGUCUUCAGCUUCUUUCUCUGUAUAGCACUUCUUAUUCAGGACCAUGGAGUGCUUGGUGCAAUAAAACCCGCUAGCCUAUGUAGUUCAAAACCUACAGACCUGGUAUUCAUCAUUGAUAGUUCCCGUAGUGUCCGACCUGCUGAAUUUGAACAAGUCAAAGAAUUUAUGUCAAAAGUCAUCGAAUCACUGAAUAUUGGCCAAAAUGCUACUCGUGUUGGUGUAGUCAACUAUGCCAGUUCUGUCAAAAAUGAACUUUCGUUGAAGACGCACAAGGCUAAACCAGCCCUCCUACAAGCUGUGGCCAAAAUUGACCCACUUUCAACUGGAACAAUGACAGGUCUCGCCAUACAGUUUGCCGUUAACAGAGCAUUCAGCUUAGACGAAGGGGCAAGGAUUAAUAAUCCGCAAGUCAAUAAGGUGGCUAUCAUUGUGACUGAUGGGAGACCUCAGGAUUCUGUAAAGGAGAUAGCUUCUAGAGCACGAGAUGCUGGUAUUGAGAUCUUUGCCAUCGGAGUGGGCAGAGCAGAUAUGAAUACCCUCCGACAGAUGGCCAGUGAACGACUGGAGGACCACGUAGAUUAUGUAGAGAGCUACAAUGUUAUUGAGAAACUCACAAAAAAAUUUGAGGAGGCAUUAUGUGUAUCUGACCUAUGUGCCACUGGUGACCAUGACUGCGAACAGAUCUGUGUAAGCACUGAGGGAUCAUACAAGUGUGCAUGCCAGCCAGGUUACACCUUAAAUCCAGAUGGAAAAUCCUGCACCAACUGCAGUUCAGCACCUGCUGAUGUUGUUUUUGUAAUUGAUGGAUCUAAGAGUGUCCGACCUGAGAAUUUUGAACGGGUGAAAAAAUUUAUUAACCAGAUCAUUGAAUCCCUGGAUGUUGGAGACAGAAACACUCAUGUCGGCCUUGUCCAGUAUUCCAGCUCUGUUAGACAAGAGUUCCCCCUGGGGCACUACAAUAGUAAGAAGGAUCUGAAAUCUGCUGUCAAGAAAAUGUCUUACAUGGAGAAAGGAACUAUGACUGGCCAAGCUCUGCAUUACCUCGUUGACAACAGCUUUGCUAUGUCACAUGGUGCAAGACCUGGUGUUGAGAAAGUUGCAAUCGUUUUUACAGAUGGUCGCUCACAAGACUAUAUUACAGAUGCUGCCAAGAAAGCAAAAGACCAAGGGUUUAAGAUGUAUGCUGUUGGAGUUGCCAAUGCAGUCGAAGACGAACUGCGAGAAAUUGCAUCUGAUCCAGUGGUCGACCAUUAUUUCUACACAGCAGACUUUAAAUCAAUUAACCAGAUUGCAAAGAAAUUGCAAGCUAAAGUUUGUGCUAAAAAAGACCCAUGUGCAUGUGAAUCCAUUGUCAGUUUCCAGACAAAGGUGGAAGAAGUCAUAGACUCACUAACAAAGAAACUGAAUUCUGUAGCAAAACAGAUUGCAUCACUGGAAAAUCGAAUUGUGGUUUGAAUCUAAAAAAACACUUUCUACAGCUGCUUCUUCAUUUUCUUAAUAUGUACUGAAAAAUGUCAUGUCUGCACAAGAACCUCUUAUUUGCUUCAGGCUUUCUACAUAUGUGUUUCUAUUUCAGCCAUAUUGUUCACGGAAGAUUGAAGACCAUAAUGGUUAGGACAGAUGUGCAAAAGCACUGAGAAUCUUUCUGUGCUAAAAAAAAUUAACACUUCUUUUUUGUUGUAUAGUUUGCAUUAAAACAUUGAGAAAUGUGUUUUUUUAUAUCUAAAGCAUAAUAUAUAGAUAUAUAUAUUUAAUAUUUACUUGAUAUGAAACUUCUAUUUUUGAUUUCCUUUUCAUAAACUAAGCUUAUGAAAAUAAUAUUUAUGACUAUGCUAAUUGGAUAAAAUGUCUUAAAAACAAAUAUAAAGUAUAAGUUAACCUUAAACAGGAUCAUAAUAAUUAUAUUAAAUGUCAAGUGUUGACAAAAUAAAACAGAUUAAGUGUGUCAGAUCCUGUCUACCACCUAAACAUAAGCUUGAUGUAGUUUUGCCAAUGCAUAUCUAUAUAUGAAAGUCUGUAUUCGACUUCUUAAGUUGAUGUUUAUUUUUUAAAUGUACAAUGAGAUGAAAACACUAUUUAGUUAUUUCUGGGCCAACUGAAAAUUUAAAAUAAAAUUGACUGAUAAUUUAUAGAAACAGA